AUGAAUUGGUCAAACUAUUGGCCUGACAGUGGGAUAAAAAACGGACAACCCUCAGCAGACGAUCGAAGUUUGGCCACUCAAAUUUGCGGACAAGAGGAUAGCUUCAAUGCGAAAUGGCGUCCCGUUGCCACAACCUGCUCUCGAAUCAGCGGUUUGGAUGAAAUUUUUGGACUUGAUGAGCCAGAACCGAUUCCAAUUAAUCCUUCUCCGCCGGAACCAUCACCUCUCCAGCAGCCGUCUUCGUCAGGCCUGACGGUUCAGAAUUCUACGCCCUCUUCUAUUCAUGGCAAUGAGUUGCCUCCUGAUUUGACCCCGCAGCAUUCUGGCUCGGGCAAAAACGAUAUAUCCCCUCAUACAAGUGAGGCACUCAGUACGCACGAUCCAUGCACUCCUCUUCCUGCUAUUCCAGCUGCCAAUUCCAUGUCACAAUUUCUGCAAGAUGUUAAAUCCGAAGUCGUCGACGACGACCUUUUCGGUAGUUCGUCAAUGCACAAAGUUCUCAAGAAGGAGAUCAUCACUAUCACCACGACCAAGAUCUAUUACCUGAAUGGGAAGGAAAUUUGUAAACGAACAAAAACCAAAAGCUCUGAGUCCAACACGACGAUCAUGAUGACUCCAGCGGAACUUGAACGAAAAACAACGAAACCGACAAAUAGUGUUGCAGAAAUGAUGAUGCGCGAAGAAGAACGCACACCAGUCCAUCAAACAUCAAUCCCCCAAAAAGGCUUUGCCCAGAUCCAAAUAGAGGAUAUAAAAAGGAGCCCUGGCUACAUGGAAGAUUCCAUGGAUAACGGUUACAGCCAUCAAGAACCGGUGAAUGAUCGAUCAAAAGUAAUCGGAAUUGACGAUGACAAUGAUGAUCAACCUCUGGACAACCUUGACUUCGACACUCCCGGAACUUCAGGCACUUUUCAGCCUCCCACUCCGCUGGAAAAGCCGCCGUUGAGUGCCGACUCUAACAAAAAAAUCGAAAGAGCUAGUACCCAACAGAGUGAGACGAAAGAAGAAACUAAACAAAUUAUUUCGCCGCCCUCGAUCCCUCAUCUAGCUCCUCCUUCGACUCCGCCACCACUCGACCCUACUCGACCAGAUUUGCCACAAAUGCCAAAGCUCGUUCCAUGUCCUUCGCCUCGUCGGCCGCCCUUGGCACAAAAGAGUCCAUCACGAAAACGGAAAUCUUCACCAGCUGCAACAGAGCUUCCUGUAAAUAAUUCAACACUUCAAUCUCCCGCUCUGCAGCCUCCUAAACUUACCACGGGUAAAACCAUCGUAAUCGCCUCUUCAACUAAUAGCCAACAACCUCAAAAGCCGCCAACUCCAGUAACUCCACGAAUAGUGACACCACGGGAGCCAGAGAUGGAUCUGAGUAGCGUGUUGAUCUGUCAGCCACCAUCGGACCUGACUAUCAUCAAUAAAGCGACAAGAAAUCUCACAAAGUCUAUCUGCCAAUACGGUAACUAUGUUGGUGCGCGAUGCUUCGUCAAGUACGACCAAUAUUACUAUCCUGCUGUUGUUCACGAGAUUCUCGGCCCACAGACAAACAAAUGCAAAGUCAGCUUUUGCGACCAACAGAUGACGAAGGCCGUGUCAGUAGACAAAAACGACAUCCUGCUUAUUUCUGAUCUGGAAGUUGGCAUGAAAACCUUGGCAAGAAACAUUAUAAGCAAGGACGAGUGGGUGCCCUGCACAAUUACCGGUAAGAUCGGAAGAUAUCGUAAUGUGGACCUGCGACAAGACAAAAAUAGAAGAUUCUACUCAACGCGUUGCGGAUACAGAGUCGUGUACGAAGACAAUUUCAAUCGCGAGGUUCAUUCAUUCGUUUCUUUUUCUGAUUGUGCAUUGGAACUUUCCGACAUUCCCGCUCAUUUGAUUCCUGAAUUUAAAGUGGCAACGCAAAACACAAACGCUCUUCCAAAUGCGUCGAAUCUCAUGCUUGACAACGUAAUCGUAACGCCGCGUCGAAAACGAAAAGAGCGUAUUUCCUUAAACGGCUCGAACCCCGUGAAGCGUAACCGGCAAACUCUAGAGACAGUAUACAUUUUGGACGAUGGACGGGGUAUUCAAAUUCCAGAAGAGGCUCUCCGCAAAGUUGGAAAUAAUACAGCUGAAAUCAACGAGUUAGUGGAUGCUCGUCGAGUGAUCUACAGAUUCGUAACGACUACACAGACUUUAAAGAUGCCGUCUCGUUCACUUUUCAUCGCGCUUCUUAAUAAUGUCCAAAUAGUCAGAUGGAGCCCAAAAACUACCAACUUCGAGCCACUGCUGACCGAUAAAAACAGAAAUCGUUUAUUCGAAGGAUACCGCUUUGAAUUCACGGAACCUAUACCGAACAACGAGCUUUUGGCCGAGUUUAUUAAUCUCGCCGGAGGAUCUCUAUAUAUCCCAGAGCUUGAAGACGACAGCAUAAUAGAUAUCGAAAAGGAACACGUGGCCAAUGUGUUCACGGUCGACGGACGAAGUGUUGGACAAGUCACCUUAACAGCUCUCCUAGAAGGCAUUUUUAAAGGAUCGCGACCCUCAUUCUCUCUGUGA